AUGCCGAUCUCGGUAGGUCAGGACAGCCCCCUUCGAGCCUCUCCACAUCUCACACUGACGCCACUCGCUACGGGAGGAAACAGUGGAUCUUCAGCUUGCCGCACGCUAGCAACGCAAGAAUCACUUCCUAUUCUUCCUGAAUGGGGGAUUCACCCUGGGCUAAACCAAACCAAUAAGACGACUAAGAAGAUAGGAUCCAUCGGUACGGAGUAUGAGGGGGUCAUAAGCAUGGAGGCCGGACCGGCGCGAGAAGCGGCAGGCAGACGCGAUGGUGGUCUCUCAGGGUCUCCCGGGCAGGGGCUUCCCAAUGAGAAGCAUCCAGACAACUCCCGUUACUGCAUUUGUGAAGGGCUAACCAUCGACGGGCGCCAGCCGAGGUACCAUGAGGAAAAGCAACAGCUGUCCAUACUAUACUCUGACUCGUUAUUAAACCCCUGUUAG